UCGGCCAGCCUGCGAGGGGAGCCGGGGCUGCGGGAGGGGAGGGAAGGGGAGCGACCCCCCGACGAAGCGGCCCGGACGGGGCGAACGGGCCAUGGAGAAGCGGUGGCGGGGCCCGGAGCGGGGGUGAGCGCUGGCCGCGCCCCAAAGCUCCAGACCAUCUGGUUCCAUGUGCCCUCCCUGCGCCUGGGCGCUUGUGGCGAAGUUUGACCCAAAGAUGAUGGAAAAGCUGGAGAUGGUGUCAGGCUUCUCCCCUGAUGGGGACCCGACCCCCACCCCCAACCCAAACACCUCUCCAUCCCAGAGCUGCUCCCCACCCCACAAGUCCGAACCUGAGCCUGAGGCGGGAACACCGCAGGGGCCGGGAGGGGAGGAGACUAGCUCCUCUCCUCCUACCCCUCCACCAUUACUCUCCAAGCUGCCCCCAGAUGUGCCUGUCAUCAGCCUGGGUCACAGCAAGCCCCCUUCAGCUGUGCCCACCACCGAGCUGACAGCUCUGAGGCCCCUGCCCUCUAUGGUCCAGCUCUCUGCCCUGACCGGGGCCCCUGGCCCCCUCACCCUUGGUGGCCUGCCCAGCCCCCUGCUCCCACCGCACUACCACCCACACCCCUUCCUUAACAGCGUCUACAUUGGCACCUCUGGCCCCUUCAGCAUCUUCCAGAGCAGCCGUCUCAAACGCCGGCCCAGCCAUUGUGAGCCUGACCUGGCUGAGGGUCACCAGCCCCAGAAGGUGGCCCGCCGCGUGUUCACCAACAGCCGGGAGCGCUGGCGGCAGCAAAACGUCAACGGCGCCUUCGCCGAACUGAGGAAGCUGUUGCCUACCCACCCGCCCGACAGGAAGUUGAGCAAGAACGAGGUGCUGCGCCUCGCCAUGAAGUACAUCGGUUUCCUCGUCCGCCUGCUCCGCGACCAGGCGGCCGGCGCGACCCUGGAGGCCGGGGCGGCCCCGGAGCGCAAGCCCGACUCCCCCCGCAAGCGGGCCCCGGACAAGGGCCCCGAUGGCAAGGGGGCCGGGGAGGGAGGCCGCCGGGGGGCCGGGCGCGGGGCCGAGCCGCCUCGCUCCCCACCGCCUCCGGGGCCCCCCCACGCCGGCGGCAGCGAGGACCCCAGCGGGAGCCCCGGGGGGGCGGACCGGCCCAUUAAGAGCGAGCGGGGGCCGCGGGACAGGACGGCCGUGGGGAAGGAGCCGCGGUGACGGGAGGAGAGGGGAGGGCGGGUACUCACCUCGAAGGCGCCCCCGACCGAGAGCACCGAGAGCGAGUCGUCGGGGAGGCGAGCUGAGCCCAGCCUCCGCCCGCGGAGACACCGAGGACCUCUUCGCCGUCCCAAAGAGACGAGAAAGGACUGACCGGACUGUGGGAUUUUCGUGGGUGGCGCUCCCACCCUUCGGAAAGGGGGAGAAGUUGUUCCAGGACUGGACUCGCCUUGCCGUGGACGGGGUGGGGGAGGAGCGGCCAGGCGGGUGGGCGAAGGGUGGGGCGGACACCCGGGGUCUGUGUGCAGAGGCCGGCCGAGCCGGGUGCGGGAAGGAACGGGGCCCGCUACUCACGGGGAGCGGCGAGAGUUCCUCCUGGCCCACUCGUCGCCCCUCCGUGCGGUCCACGCUGACGGGCCAUCCUGGGAGGGACGUGGCCCAAGGGGCCUCUGGUUCCUUCCUCUCUUCCCAGCCCCGGGACGGAGAAGCCGGGCCCGGUACAUGGGCCGGGGGCGGCGGGCCGGGCGUGCUGGACGGAAGAGGGCACUGAGGGUGUGACGAGCAGGUUGCCGAUGGGUCCCGCAGGCCCUCAUUCCCCGAUCCGUUCUUCGAAUUACCUCCUCCCCUCUCGGAAAUCGUCCCCCAGCCCCGAAUCGCCCUCCCCCGACCGCCCCCCGCCCUCCACACCUCGCGCCGUCAGCUGCUUCCUGAGCGGCCCCGAUGGGGACCAGUCUGAUGCCCUCGCGGCCCCGCUGGGGGCCAGUUUGUGACCUCGUGGCCCCUGGAACUGGCCAUUCGUCUGUAGAGGGAGAGGGCUGAGGCGAAAAACGGAGCGGAACGGA